AUGAUUGCUAUUUCUCUUAAUAUUGAUUCCAAGUCUAAUAACAGUGUUGGAUUCUUGUAUGGAUAAUUAAUAUUUUAUUCGUAAAGUAUAGAUAUGUUAUUUGCUAUCUUUUUCUUAUCUUUGAUUGCUAACUUUAGCAGUCUGUAAAUAAGGGAGAUGGAUUCUCUGUAUUAAUAUAGUCAAGAGUCGAUAGUGAUAUCUGAAAAAGCACCAUCAAUUUUCAAUGCUUUUAGAUAUGGAUUAUGGUCAAAAUAUAAUCCUUUAACAAACAUACUUUAAGUGGGAAAUGUGGGAAUGUUUGAUAGCGAUUGUUUUCUUUUACAUAGUGCAGUAGAGGAACUUUCAUUAGCUCUUAAUCUAAUUUAUUAUGAUUGUGUAGAUUAUUCUUCAAAGAAAGUCCAGAAAACAAUUGCAUUUAUAGACAAUGAUGAAGUUGAACAUUCAUUUACAAUCACUAUAGAUCCCCUCGAGUAUGAGAAUGUUUGGUAUUUAUUUGAAAUAAUAUAAUGGCCAUUAUUAGAAAGAUUUGAGUUAAGGUUUAUUUAUAAAUAAGAAACCUUUAAUAGGUUUUUGAAUAUUAAAAAACCUUUUAAAGAUGAAAAUUUAAAGCUUAUUUUUGGUGGCGGUAUGAUAGUAACCAAUUCUAAGAUUGGAAUAAUUACACCAGGUACAAACUGUAAUUCUUUCUAAUUAUCUGGAUGGUUAAAAAUUACUGAUAUAAUUUAGAAUUCAGAUGUAUUUACUUAUUAGUUAAUUGCUCUCACAUCAAAUUUUUAAAACUAAUUAGCCAAUAAAAAUUUAUCACCUUUUACUUUGUCUUAUAAGAUUUCUCAAAUAAAGAAUUAAAUUAUUGUAACAACUUAUAGUUACACAUUUCCAUCAGCAACAAUUAGUUUUUCUGACGAUCCAUUUCUAAUAACAAAAGAACUCGAUCUCACAAAUACAUUACUUCUUUGGUAAAAAUUAUAAGUCCAACUACUUGAUGAUUAACUUAUAAUUAAUGUUAAAUUUUAUGAAGGACAUGAUAUUUAUGAAUACAACAUUUAAUAAUAAGUAAAUUAGUUUAAAUGCACUCAAUUUAAACUUUAGUAUGGUAACAUUUUAUAAUCAACUGCUAAUUACUUUAAAAUUAUAGUCAGAAACAUGGGGUUUAAUAAUUGUAAUGCAAUUGAUACAUUAUAAAUUUGUCAUUACAGUUGUGAAGAAUGUGAUGGUCCAACUUCAAAUAACUGUUUAUCUUGUUCUAUUGAGUCUUAAAGAAUAUAUUUACCUGAUUUCAAAGCUUGUGUUUGUCCCUUUGAUACAAUUGAUGAAAAGAAAUGUAAAUCUUACACAGACCUAAAAUUUAAAGUUUCAGAUAAAAGAAAAGUAAUGCCUAAAUGCAAUUAUGGGUAUUUUGAAUAUGAAGAUAGUUGCUUGCGUUGCCCUACCAUAAUUAAUGAUUAAUUUGUUAUUUGCUUAGAGUGCAUAUAAAAUCCUUAAGGAUGGAGCAAGAAUUCUUAAUGUGAAUAUGAUUUAUACAUAAGCAAAAAUGGCGAAGUGGCAAAUUAGAAAUGGAGAGUUAUUACUUUGCAACAGAUGUUCAAAGAAAUCUCCUUUUUUGGCUGA